AUGCGGGCGCAGCGGGCGCAGCGGGCGCAGCGGCCGCGCGACCCCCUGCAGUCCCUGCAGCGCCGUGACCAGGAGCUGAAGCAGCAGAUUGAUAGUUUGCUUUCUGAGAGUCGAUUGAAAGGAACUCUAGAAGCCAGUAAAAGGCGAGAUAUUUACCAAAGGUGUAUCCAAUUAAAACAGGCAGUCGAUGAAAAUAAAAAUGCGCUUCAAAAAUUAACCAAAGCCGAUGAACCUGCACCUGUCGGGAACUAUCAACAGAAAAAGGAGGAGGAGCUCAGUCUCCUGGACAAGCUGACCCACCAGCUGCAGGAACUUGCCGUGUCUGUAAGAAGAGACAGUAGAACUGAAAUUGAGGCACUCAUUGAAAGAGAGGAAGAUGAUGAUUUCGCUGAAGAUGAAGAAGAUGAUGAUGACAAAGAAGAAAGUGAAGAAAGUAGUGGGGAGGAAGAAGAAACAGAAGAGGAAGAGGAAGAGGAAGAGAAACAGGAAAAUGAAUCUCAGCAACAGGCCACAAGUGGAGAAUACAUUGCUGUUGGAGAUUUUACUGCUCAGCAGGCUGGGGAUCUUACCUUUAAGAAAGGGGAAAUUCUCCUUAUAACUGAAAAAAACUCUGAUGGUUGGUGGAUGGCCAAGAAUGCCAAGGGGAACAAAGGUCUCGUUCCCAGAACCUACCUGGAGCCCUGUCAUAAAGAAGAAGGCCAAGAGUCAAGUGAGGAAGGCAGUGAAGGAGACGCGGAGGUGGGUGAGGAGGCAACAGAGGGAGCGCAAGUUAAACAAAGAACUGAUUCUCACUGGAGUGCUGUCCAAAAAGCUCUCUCAGAGCAUCUUCAGCAGAUGAACACUGUUGAUGUGUUGACCACGAUGGGAGCUGUUCCUGCUGGGUUCAGGCCUUCCACGCUCUUCCAGCUGCUGGAGGAAGGGACUCCAUUUCGAGCAAGUUCCUUCCUACAGCCAGAGCUCACGCCAUCUCAGCUGGCCUUCAGGGAUCUCCUGUGGGACGCUAAGACAGGCACUAUUAGGUCAAGGGCAAGCCGUGUUUCAUUGAGUCUGACCCUCUGGAGCUGUAAAAUGAUCCCUGUGCCGGGAGCGAGCAUCCAGGUUCUCAGCAGACACGUGCGCCUCUGUCUGUGCGACGGCGACAAGGUUCUGAGCAACAUACAUACCGUCAGAGCCACGUGGCAACCUAAAAAGCCCAAAACAUGGACCUUUUCUCCCCAGGUCACUGGCACCUUACCGUGCUUGCUUGAUGGUGAUUGUUUCAUCAGGUCCAAUUCUUCGUCUCCUGAUCUUGGAAUAUUAUUUGAACUUGGAAUUUCUUAUAUUCGUAAUUCAACUGGUGAAAGAGGAGAACUGAGCUGUGGCUGGGUGUUUCUUAAACUUUUUGAUGCCAGUGGAAUUCCUAUUCCAGCAAAGACUUACGAGCUCGUCCUGAGUGGUGGCACCCCUUAUGAAAAAGGUGUUGACGUGGACCCUUCAGCAUCCAGAAGAGCACAUGGGAGUGUUUUCCAUCAGAUGAUGGUGAUGAGGAGGCAGCCACAGCUUCUAGUGAAACUGAGGUCUUUGAACAGAAGAUCAAGAGACAUCCUGAGUCUACUGCCAGAAACAUUAAUUGGAAGCAUGUGCUACAUUCAUUUGUUGAUGUUUUAUCGCCAGCUUCUUGGAGAUGUACUCCUGAAAGACAGGAUGAGCAUGCAAAGUGCUGAUUUAAUCAGUAAUCCCGUACUGGCCACCUUCCCCAAGCUCUUGGAGCAGCCUGACGUGAUGGAUGCACUCAGGAGUUCGUGGGCUGAGAAAGAAAGUACAUUGAAAAGAUCAGAGAAGAGAGACAGAGAGGUGCUGAAGGCCGCGUUUCUCCUGGCUUACCACGACUGCGCGGGCCCCCUCCUGCACUCCACACUCCUGCCCCCACCCCGGUGGGCGGAAGAGGAGACCGAGGCUGCGCGCUGGGAGCUCAUCACUGCCUUCCUGAAGCGAAACCGAGAGAACCAGGGCGCCCUCCCCGCUCUGCUGUCACCAGAGGGCGUCCACGAGCCUUUUGACAUUUCCGAGCAGACCUACGACUUCCUGGGUGAAAUGAGACACAGGGCGACGUGAUGGUGGCAGCCUGGACCCUGGGCUGCCCAGCAUGACGCCCUGACGCAGGGACGGCACAGAGGGACUCCCGUGGGCUGGGCUCCGUCCUCAGGCAGCCACAGUCUCUGCCAAGUGUCUGGCGGACAGUGGGGCUCUUGCAUUACAAUAAAGUACUUUUGCAUAAGCAACUCUGUUGUAGCUAAAUAUAAACGCACUUUUUUCAGAAACCAACUAACAAAUUUAAGUUGACUGCACCUAUAGAUUUGUAUAAUAGCAAGAUUUUAUCCAAAGCCGAGUUAUGAUUAUU